UCUGUUUUGGAGACAGAUGCAGUGAAACCCACAGAGAGAGGAAUAAAAGAAAAAGAUGAACAACUUGGAGGGUUUGAAAAAUCAGGCGGAGCAGUGGUUGCAUCGAGUAAUUGAGUCUGUUCGACAAACAGAGACUGCUCUUUUUGUUGCCACUUUUAUUGUGUUACAAACGAUCAUUAUGCUCUUAAUUGAUCACUUUUUCGGACGUAAGAAAUCUAGUACGGUUGUGUUGUUGUCUGGUCUAGGCGGAAGUGGCAAAACAGUGCUCUUCAAUCGACUCCGAGAUGUAUCCACACGUCAGAGUGAUGUAAUGUCAGUCGAACUGAACCAACAAGGCAACUUUCUCCUUCGCACUGAAAUCCAUAAAGAACUUCAUUAGUUUUUUUUGUUUUUUUGUUUUUUUUUUUAAUUCAAGAAUAUAUAUGUAAAGUGUAAGUGUUCAGACUUACCCCUUCAAAAUGUGUAGAACUACUAAGGCCAUGGUAACUUACAAAAGCUGAAUUGAAAAGUGAAAACCGCACAAAACGCAUUUUGUCACCAA